ACACAUGCAAACCCCAACCUGGGAAGUAGGCUCUCUGUGAUGCGGGGGAUAAGAUUGCAUACAUCUGUUCUUCCCUGACCCCCUCCAGUGCCGGAACUUUUUUUUAAUUAAUCAUGGGGUUAAGUUAAUAAUUUUUUUUUUGAUGGAAUGGGGAAAUCAAACCUUGCAAGUUUAGACCACCACUAGGACAACUCUUGCUUAUUUUCAGGCACCCCGAACCUUUUGCACAAUAUUUGUUUACUUGCCUAUUAUUGAAUUUGUCGGGGUAACGCUGUGUAUAUCCGUGUCCUUCUCAGACCCUGCAUCCAAAGUAUAGUUGUUUACUAUUACCUUAGCAAAGUACAUAACGAUGAACUUAAUAUAUAUAUAUAUAUUAACGUGCUGUAGAUUGUAUUGACUCAUAAAUAUUUGAUUUUACUCGUCCUAAUUAAAUUAGCACACUGGGAUGAAUCAACCUGAUUCCGUUAUUGUGAAAAUCUUUUAUAUUCCUUUUAUGUCUUUUGGUCAAAGUGGCCUACACAACCCUAAUUACGGUGGACGUAUCUAUGGGAAACAAUUGAGGUAUUUUCAAAAACAAACUCCUUGAGCUCUAAUCAAGACUCUCUUACUUCUUCCUUAAAGUUAGUAUUCUCUUAAAGCAGGAAGUCUUCUUCUACCUAAUCUUAAUAUGUUCAAAACCCUGCGUACUGACUCUCUUUCGUUUUUUUUCUCCUUUCCAACGACGAGAUCAUGCAUUCACUGGUGAUGACAGAAACCCGUGAUCACAGCAAAAACGUAGGAGAGCUGAGGCAAUGGAGGACUCAGCAAAGCAGGAUUCCUGGGUUCCAGAGACCCCAGGAAAACCGUCUGUUGCUCGAGUAGAACACGUCUAUAUUAGAAGGCAGUUUAAAAAGAAUCCUAAUGAGAGUUUUCUUGCAAGGAUUGUGCAAAGAGAAAUCAGUAGCAAGACAUCUACAUCUUCCUUGAAUGGAAACAAAGAUGAUCAACCACAGCAUGUUGAAACCCCAACUGGUGGGCCAGCUGCUUCUUCUUCGCAGAAUCACAGUGUCAAUAAACGUAAAAAUGAUGAGAAAAAUGUGUUUAAAAGGAAGAAGCGAAGGAAGGCACAUAGGCCCAAAGUGGUUGUUGACAGACCCAUAGUGGGCGCCAAUGGCAAAGUUGUACAAAUUCUACAACCUAAGACACCAAAACGUGCAACUCCCAAACGUGUUGGGAAGAAGAGGUCUGGCGUGAUAGCAGGGGCUAAUUCCGCUGCAAAAUCCAGGCGGGUUUUGAAGUUUGAUUUUGAAGAUGGUCAAACGGAGGUACAAUUUAUUGCAGUGAAAGCACAUACUCAUCCAGUUCAGAACAUGUGGAAAAAAUCAACUUUGGUACCAAUGGACUGGAGCUGUCAUGGGCUCAGAUCAUCUAGGAAUUAUCAUAGACAUGCUUAUAAGAGUAUAUUUGGAGCAUAUACAAGCCUUAGUAUUAUCAGAAAAUUUGGACUGAAUUUUCCAAAAACGUGCAAGAGACAAAGGACUCAGAGAAAGCAGAAAGUUUACAGCUCUGUGGUCAAUAAAGUAAAUAGUAUCGAAGUGAUGCCAACUGCAAACACAUCUAUGGUUCAGAUGGAAAGGAAGAGAUCCAAAAACCUUAGCCUUAUUACAACUGCAGAAUGCAAUCGAUUGCCAGCAAUUCUUCUCACGAGGCAAGAAGUUGAAAGUAACAAUGAAAUUAUAAGUGAAAACAUCUUGAGGACACCAGAUUCCCUCAGUCUAUCAACAAGCCUGAAGUUGCCAGAAGUAGAAGCUGAUGAGAUAAAGAGAAUUGAUGACCUUGAAAGAACAAUUGAAAGAAUGAUAGGAGAACCUAGCCAGAAUUUCCUGAACAUGUCGGUAAUAGACCUGAAUUUGCCAACCACGCCGACUGUACCGAGACUUGAAGCUUACAAGGAUGCAAUGCAUGAUAGGAUUGUUUCGGAACAGUGUACUGGACUCCAUGCCUCAUCUGUCAAUUCAGAGGGUCCCAAUCUUCAACAUGAACGAAGCCCAUCCAAACUGGAUGUGACUGGGAGUACCUUUCUUUGUCCUGGUCCCAAGGAUAUCUUGCAUAAGGAGGAAUUUGAUUCUUCCUUGACAGAGAACCUUCCUUAUAUUGUCCAGCAACUCGAGUGCUUGAAUAUUAAUGAUGGCGGCAGCCAACUUGUGGUGCAAGAGAGUGAUGUACAUGGCCUUCAGAGUAAGUCUGGAACAAUCAUUCCCCAUAAGGAUCGUAAGAAGCCAAAGAAGCUAAAAACAUAUCUUGAUCUUAGUGGGAUUGAGAAAAGUUGGAAUCAGAUCAUGAAAAUAGGGGACUGUUCUAGUCAAGAUAAAGCAAACGAGGAAACGGUGGAAUGGUGGGAACAAGAAAGAAAGGUUUUUCAUGGACGCAUAUGUGCAUUUAUUAGCCGGAUGCACGAAAUCCAAGGGGAUAGACGUUUCAAACAAUGGAAAGGUUCGGUUGUGGACUCAGUUAUUGGAGUUUUUCUUACACAGAAUGUGACGGACCAUUUUUCAAGCUCUGCCUACAUGUCACUUGCUUCAAAAUUUCCUGCUCAGACAAGAAGUAAUCACGAAACAUCUGAGGAAGAUCUAGAGAUCAACGAGAGCCAAAAGUCAAACGAAAGUUGUGUGACACUUGGUGAGCUAGUAUAUGAUUCACAAGGCAACCAUUAUUUUGUAAGUCAACCAGCUGAGGCUGAAGUAGAUACAAGUCAAGAACUAGAGACCGAAACAGUGACACCUCUUAUUGAGGAAGAAGGGGCAACUGACGAGAGCAAAGAAAAUUGUAAUGAACUACAGACUGGGACAGCGAUUCCACUUGUUGAGGAAGAAGGGGUCACUGACGAGAGCAUAGAGAAUAUUCAGUUAUGGAUGGAAGGUGUAAAUCAAAUGCCAAACCUGAAGAUGGUGAAUGUCUUGCAAGGUACCAAUAAAUUGCUCUCUUCACAUGAUUGCAGUGACUCUUCUGAAAAUAUCCGUCAUCAUUCUGAUGUGGGCUUUACUGAGUUCUUGGAGAGGUCACAGGCAAAGCAUGUAGACCAUGAAGACAAUGCACGGGCAGUGGAAACUAAUAUCGCAAAUAUAAAAAAAGUGCCACCAAAUGCUCAAGAUGAAGAGAUGGUUGUGAGCAACUCUUUAGUGACUCCUGAGAGCAUCUCACUAGAAGAAGUCACUAUUGGAAAGAAUUCACAGGUAUCUAGCUGUCCACAAGGAGGGCCAAUAAACUCCCCAUCCGAGAGUAGGCCAGCAUAUGCCAUCACCAACCCGAAGAAGCCAUUGCGCAAAGGAAGAAAGGUGAAGUCCAAUAAAGAGGAAAUUUCUUCUGACCUAGAAUAUGUUAAUACAAACAAGGGUCCUUCAAGAAGGAGGAAAGAGCAGGGUAAAAAAAAACAAGCAGAACCUUUCGACUGGGAUAGUUUGAGGAAAAGGUAUUCCACUGGAAGACAAAGAGGUAGAGAUCAAAUGGAUUUUGUGGACUGGGAGGCAGUUAGGAGAGCAGAACACAGUGAGGUUGCAGAAGCCAUCAAACAACGCGGCCAACAGAGUGUUCUUGCUGGACGGAUCCAGGACUUAUUGAAUCGAGUUGUUCAACUACAUGGAAGUAUUGACCUUGAGUGGUUGCGAGAUAUUCCACCUGAUGAGUCAAAGAGAUACCUGUUGGAAGUACAAGGACUGGGGUUGAAAAGUGUAGAAUGCGUGCGGCUUUUGGCACUUCAACAAGUUGCAUUUCCUGUUGACACAAAUGUUGCUAGGAUCACUGUGCGUUUAGGAUGGGUCCCACUAAAACCACUGCAAGAUGGACUGCGUUUACAUGAGCUGGCGGAUUACCCAUCGACAGACUCUAUUCAAAAGUACCUGUGGCCUCGACUGAGCACCCUUGAUCAUAAAACAUUGUAUGAACUACACUAUCAGAUGAUCACCUUUGGAAAGGUCUUCUGCACAAAGAAAAAACCAAAUUGCAAUGCUUGUCCAUUGAGGGGGGAGUGCAAACACUUUGCCAGUGCAUUUGCAAGCUCUAGGCUUGCCCUACCAGGGUCAUCAGACAAAAGGGUAGCAACUGCAACAAUGCCUGUAGCUGUUGAAAACCCUUAUAUGGUUUUCAAGCAAGCAUCAGUGUCCCUUAUAGAAGCUAAUCUAUUAUCAGGAUCAGAACACCAACCCAAUCACUGUAUACCAAUUAUCGAAGAGCCAUUAGAUUCAGAUUCAGAACUUGAUGAAUCAUCUGAACCAGAAGAGCCAUUAGAUUUAGAAUGUGAUGUAUCAGCUGAACCAGCAGAGCGAUUAGAUUCAGAAUGUGAAGAAUCAUAUGGGCCAGCAGAAGUUGUUUGUGCAAAAUCACUAGAAUCUGACAUCGAAGAUUUAUUAAAGGAAGACAAGAGUGAAAUACCUACCAUCAAAAUGAAUAUGGAAGAAGUUGUUUGUGCAAAAUCACUAGAAAUUGACAUCGAAGAUUUAUUAAAGGACGACCAGAAUGAAAUACCUACCAUCGAAAUGGAUAGGGAAGUGUUCAGGUCAAAUGUACGAAAUUUCUUGCUGCAGGAUGGCAACAUGAUUCUUCAAGAUGGUGAUGAUGUGUCAACAGCUUUAGUUGCUUUAACUCCAGAAGCAGCUUCUAUUCCUGAAAGCAAACUAAAGAAUGCCAGUCGCUUAAGAACAGAGCAUCAAGUCUAUGAACUUCCAGAUUCGCAUCCUCUUCUACAGGGACUACCAAGACGCGUGCGUGAUGAUCCAACCCCCUAUCUCCUUGCUAUCUGGACACCAGGUGAAACAGCAAAUUCAUUUGAACAACCGAAGAAAACCUGCACCCAAGAGUCGGGACUUUGCAAUGACCAGACAUGUUUUUCUUGUAACUGUAUCCGGGAGCAAAACUCUGGUACAAUUCGUGGAACAAUUUUGAUACCUUGUCGUACAGCUAUGCAAGCUAGCUUUCCACUCAACGGAACAUACUUUCAAGUUAAUGAGGUCUUUGCUGAUCAUGAAACUAGUAAUAACCCGUUAAUUGUUCCCCGGAAAUUGAUUUGGAAUUUACGAAUGCGGACAGUGUACUUUGGAACCUCAACUUCAUCAUUGACAAGAGGUUUAUCGACACGGGAAAUUCAGUUGAGCUUUUGGAGAGGGUUUAUAUGUGUAAGAGGAUUUGAACGAGAAACCAUGACUACUACAGAACUCUCAGAAAGAUUACAUGUCUCAACUUCGAAGUCUCAGUCGUUAAAGGCGAAAAAAAAUAGGAAGGAAAAGAAAACAAAAUAGGAAACAGACGAUAGAUGAUAUAAGCUUGCUCUCCAUUGAUUUAUAUAUUCAAAAUCAUGCUUUAAUAUAUGCUCAAUUUACUUCUUGUAUAAAAGUUUAUAUGUUUAUAUGCUCCGUUUGUAUAAAAAUCAAAUUUUAGGAA